AGGUUAUAUCGUUGAAAUCGUUUUUUCCAGAUUUGAAAGACUACUUAUCAUUUGCAGCGGUAUAGAAUUCCAGAAAGGCUAAUCCGUUAUUUAGAAUAUUCUUUACAAGCAGAACGACGACUAUGUCAGCAACUUACGUCAAUGAUUUCCAUGACAACGAUAGAAUAAAGAAGAUGCGUUACCACGAUCUUGGUAACACUGGUAUGAAGGUCUCCAUUAUUGGAUUCGGUGCGGCACCCCUUGGGCGUGUCUAUGACGCUGAUCUACCAGAAGAACAGGGCGUAGCAGCUCUUCAACAUGCUCUUCGUGGUGGAGUUAACUACAUCGAUACUGCACCUUUUUAUGGUCAAGGCAAAUCAGAAGCUGUCUUAGGAAAGGCUCUGAAGGAUGUUCCUCGAGAAGCAUACUACAUAGCAACUAAAGUAGGAAGAUAUGAACUAGAUGUGAAAGGAAUGUUCGAUUUCUCUGCUGACCGAGUGACAAGGAGUAUUGAUGAAAGUCUCAAACGUCUAGGUCUUGAUUAUGUUGAUCUAAUUCAGGUUCAUGAUGUAGAAUUCGCUUCUAGCUUAGAUUUGAUAAUAGAUGAGACUCUUCCUGCAUUAGAGAAGAUCAGAGAAGAAGGAAAGGCUAGGUUUAUUGGUCUAACAGGAUAUCCAAUCCAAGUCUUAAGGAGCAUUGUAGAGCGGAGUAAAGUGAAGAUAGAUACAGUGUUAAGCUACUGUCAUCUAAGUCUCAAUGACUCUUCACUUCUUCAACACGUAACAUUCUUCCAAGAACGAAACAUUGGUUUAAUAUCUGCAUCCCCCCUGUCAAUGGCUCUACUCACCGAUAGAGGGCCUCCGUCAUGGCAUCCUGCACAUUAUGAAAUCAAGAAAGCUUGUCAUCUAGCCGUCGCACACUGCAAACAACAUGGUCAUGAUUUAUCAGAGCUGGCUUUGAAAUAUAGUAUCUCGUACGUCAAUGCUGUUCCACUAACACUCAUUGGAAUGGAAAGUAAAGAGCAAGUCGACAAGAAUUUAAAAGCUGUACAUGAUGGACCAUCUGAUGAACAAGAGCAAUUUAUAACAGAUCUGAUAAAAAGGCAAGUACAUUGUUGUUUUAUUACGAUUAGCGCUCACGGGAGUUUAUAACAAUAGCAGAGUAAACAUUUUUUUUCUUUGAAUAGUGUUACUUGUUUACUCUCAGAUUCCUAUUCAUAGCUAGUGCACUUUGAUAUCAUACCCACCAUUAAUCGUACAUUCACAUACAUUGUGUGCAGUUAAGUUUUAUGGGUUAAAGGGAGUGUACACUGACGAGACUAUGUGUCUUUCCCGUGGGCUGACUCGGGGCCAAUCGACGACUACGGACGACGCGAC